AUGCCUUAUGAUUCAGAUAACAGACUUCAAGAUCCUAUUUUAACUCACUCAAGAAAUCAAAAUGUUAAUAAAACAUUAUAUAAUGAUCUUGAUAAUUCAGAUAUUAGUAGUGAUCUAAAUUCUAAUAAUGAAUCAGAUUACUUUGAUGAGUUCGAAAUAGCUCAAGAUAUGGAAAGUUUAAAUAACUUUAAUAAUAUUGAAAAUAUUCAAGAAAAUGAAAGCUCAGAUAUUGAGAUGCAUAGCAAUACAUUAAUGCAACAAAAUAAAGAUUCUACAACAGCAAAUACUUCAUUAAAUAAAUGA